GAGUUACAAUGAAACCAGAAUAAAGUUUUAAAAAGAUUUUUUUUUGUCUCGUGAUACUUUUUUUUCGCUAAAAAACUAAAACGACUAAUACUGUUACAAAAAUCCAAAAUAAACCAGUUUCACUCCAAAAGAUAUUGGUCAUGAGUGUUCAGGUUUCAGAAACCGCACAGAUGUCAGAGUUUUAUCCAAACUCUUGUUUCGUUUGCCACACUAUUGGUAAAUUAAAAAGAUGCAGUCGUUGCAAUAUGAUAUCCUACUGUCGAAAGGAUCAUCAGCUUGAACACUGGCCGAAGCAUAAGUCAUUUUGCAAUGAAAUAGCCACCAUAAUGAAGGAGCAAAAUAUCUCCCAUCUUUAUCAGAAUCUUCAGGACCUUGAUUCAGAAAGCUGGAAAAUCCAGGCAGAACUGCUAGUCGAUGAAUUAGAGGACAGACUCUCUCGCGCCGUUCUCCCGAUCGAACUCGAAAUUCUCAUGUUCCCUCGAGUCUGUUUCGUCUGUCGCGAAGCGAGACAAGAACUGCUCAGAAAUUGUCCUGGCUGUCCAGCUGUUAGCUUCUGCAUCAAACAUCAAAAAAGUCCUUUGCACGAUAAAAACUGUCCCAAAUUUAAAAAAAUCCACGAGAUGAAUACACAAGCAGACUUGAGGAAACAGCACGUGUUUUUGGAAAGGAUCAUUGCCAUUAUACAGAACAUUAACGUUGACCCAUCAUCGAAACGUCCUCUUUCGAUGGAAGAAUUUUUAGAGGAAUACAUCAAGCCUAGUGUGGACCUAUCCGAAAAUGAGACUAUCUUUUUAUCAGACAACUGUGAUGUCCAGUUAACGAUUUAUAACGUUUUGAAGAAACUUGACUAUUCUGACUCUGAAAUAAUCAUACACAUUGAAGGAAUCCUAUCAGAUACGAUAGAUAAUUCAAAAUAUUGGGAGGUACUUUUCCAUCUGCUUCCUCACUUAAAAAUGAUAAAGAUUGUCCUUGUAGAGGUGGAGUUUGUUCGUGAGGUUAUCCUCUGCGAGAGCUGCAAUUCCAGUCAAAAAAAGUUGUCUAUGGAAUCAAACACCCUUCCUUAUUUGGACUACAUGAAAACGAAGGAUUUCGAGGAACCGGAUCUUUUAGUAUUUCUGAACGUUAAUCCCGAAAUUCUGGAAUACGAUCUUUUGAUUCCUUGGCAAGUGAAAAUGGCGCGAUGCCGAGAAUUAAAUUGCUCUCUGGUCUUCACAAGUUCAUCAGAGACGGAACCGACCGAAUUAAAAAGGAUUCUGCGAUCUACUUUCGAGAAUACUCAAAUCUGCUACGAGGGAGUCAACAAGUUUGGAUCUUUUUCGUAUUUUCGAAACUGGGAUGCUGGAAUUUCUCUGCCAAAUCAUUUUCUGAUCGUGAUCAAUCCGCCAAAAGAUCGGAAAUUUUCGUCGGAUUUUUUCUACGCCGGUUACUGCGCAGUUUGUUUCUCUGAGGGAGCUUCCGUUGCGUGCGAAAAUUGCAAAAUGGUUUUUUAUUGUGGAGAGGCUCAUAGAAAUAAGGAUUUGUCUCGGCAUCAGGAUAUUUGUGACGUUGUUUCGAAAAUUCUUAGGGAAAAUGGAGGUCGAAGGCUUUUUGGUACGCUGAAGACUGAUCAAAAAUCGUGGUUGAAAGACAAAAUCGAUUUGAUGCUAGAAGUGAAGGCGAAACUUGGAAGAGAGCUGAUGAAUUAUGAGAAGGAGAUGUUCCUUUUUCCAAAAACCUGCUUCAUUUGUCAUGAAAGCGAUAUAAAAUUAUUGACGACCUGCGAAUGUGGGGUGAGCCUUUGCGCAAAACACGAAAAAGACCCGCGACACGAUCAACUCUGUCAAUUUUUCAUACUCGCAUUCGAACUCUCGACAAUCAGUAAACCCCCAAGUUUGCAAGGAGUCAUCCGCGCCGAACCAGGAAUGCCCAUGCCAAAUUCAAUCAACGACUUUAUCGCCUCCUUCUACCAAUUCAACGAAGAAAACACCCAAAAAAGCAUUUUCCAUCUGCAAAAAAUGAUCCUCUCGAACCUCCUCACACGACCCUUGACCUUCCUCUAUGCCUUGAAAAAACUCAACCUGCCGACUGAUUCCCUGCUAGUAGUUCACGUGAUUGGCGCCACUGGUCUCGAAGUGGGGACCUACGCCUACUGGACGCCCGUCUUCUUUCUGCUCGAGCGCUUGCAGAUUCUGAAGAUCAUUUUCAUCGGACCGGAAGCUUUCAGUGCGAACUACUAUCUGGACACCUUUUUCAGCGAGUCCGGCUGCAGUCGGAUGGAAGAAGUCAACUUGAAAGUGGAAUCUCAUGCGCUGAAGUAUGAGGAAUAUUGCGAGAGCAAGUCCUUCGUCGAGCCGAGUCUCGUUUUGGGAUUUAAUCUCAAUCUGCACGAGAGCGGUUUCGGAAUUAGGGAAUGCACCUGGAAGGACACUUUUAGGGCUUUGAAAAAAAUGAAGGUUCCGUUUGUUUUAACUGCGGGAACAGAGAAUCGGGCACGAGCGGAUCACGAGAGAGUGUGUGGACUCGUGGGACUGUCUGUGCGACACUGUUGUUUUGAGAGGAAUCCUUUUGCUGGAUUUAUUCCCGAGAGGGACUUUGAGACGGAGGAACUUCUUUAUUCGAAUCAAUAUGUUAUUGCUUAUGAUGGAUUUGAUAAAUAACAACAACAACAAACUUGGAAAAGAUGACACAGUGGGCACAAAGUUUGGCGACAUCGUUGCGACAACUUUACGACAUGUACAUAGGAUGUCGUAAAAAUGUCGUCAAUACGUCGUAACGAUGUCGGCAAGACGCCAAAUUUUGUGCCCACUGGUGAGACUCUCUGAACGAUUGUCAUAUGUGUUUGAAGAGAAUAAAGG